CACCUGCAUGCCGAUUAUUAUUACUUAUGACCACUGCACAUAUCACCACACAUUAACGCUUGACGACCACGAAAUUAUCCCCUUGCCCACCCUUUUAUACCGACUCGAGACAUCUUUACGACUGAUCUGUCCUACAUGCCGCAAGCACGACGAGCCAAGGUCUCGGCUGUGUGAUGAGAGCAUUCCUUCCCCUCCCUCCUCCGCAACGCCGGGCGUACACCUGGAAUGCAUGAGAGUCUUUGAAUCGCACCAGAGCCCUGGCGGCAUCACUCCCUUCGCCUUUGAGUGAACAUUCACGCGAUUUGCAGUCGGACGAAUCGAGCCAGCUUUGAUGAGGAUGCAAGCUUCGGCGCGACAGCAAGAACUCGAGCGCCUGUACAACGCUCGCAAAGGCCAUGGCCCGCAAAUCUCCAUUUCUGACGACAGUCAGCAUAUUACUGAAGCGAUCGGAAGUUAUUAUGAGACGGAAGAUGCACCUGGUAUACAACCGGGUGGCCUGCUGAGGGACACUCGUCCGUUGAGUUUUGUUCCGGGAGAAAAGGAGACCUAUGACACAAAGUCUCGGCGACAAGGUACAUAUCUAGAAGGCCCUCCAAAUGGACUCUUCCAGGCGCAUUCGACCACGAGAGAAUAUCGAGGUACCUCGCCAGGCCAGCCAACAUUACGGUUAACCCCAGUGGAGAGCCUCGAUGGCCAGCAGUCGCCCGGUCAAGAUAAUGGCUACAACUCUGCAUCGCAGCGAACAGGCUCGCCAAUAUCUCCUCACUCGUCCCUCCAAAUAAGCGCCCCGCAAUCGCCAAAUGUAUCGCGACCACAGACACUAAGCCGACAGCCUUCCGCGGAAGCUGUUGUGCAAAAGUUCCCACUGAACGACAUCGAUUAUGAAUCCAGUCCCGCAGCUGUGGCUCAAGAGCUCAGCAAUUUGCAGGCAAUACGCCGAAUGUCCAUGAAUGUCGAUAAAGCCGAUCCAGACUUACCCUCCUUUUCGGGUCCGUUCAGCAACAUUCCGGCGGCACCAUCGAGACAAUCGGACGAUGAGAAUGAUCCUUCGAAGCUAUUUUGGGUUCCGGCUAGACUGCACCCGGAGCUUGCUCCCAAAGAGUUCAAGACUUUCAUUGAGGAGAGGGUUGAGAAGAUCAGGAGAAGGUCGGGUAGUGAGGAUAGCCUCUCUGUGGAUGGAUUGGAGAGGUCGGGGUCGGACAGCAGCUUGCGGCGGAAGAAGAGUAUGCUCUCGCAUCAAAUUGAUGCCAGAGAUCAUUACGAGGAUGGUGCAGAACGUCUGUCCAGGAAAAGAUCGAAAGGGAUGCACGUUGAAGGACAGACUAUAGUGGAAAAUCUUUCGGAUCUGGAAACUCUGGUCAAAGACCCGGCCUUGCUGCUUCGCCGAAUGAGUCUGGACACUUCGAGGCAGUCAUUUGAUUCUGGAGUCGAAGUAGCCAGCGACGAGGACCCGCCCAUAUUACCGGCAGGCGGUUUAUUGAAACGAUCUACACGCACAACCUACCGAAGAGGAAGUGUUAAGAAAGGAGAGAGGAAUUAUGCAAAGCGAGGACACCGUCGCACUUCUUCUGAUGCAGACGAGCAUCCACCUGUUCCUCAAAUCCUGCGUACCGGUGACAGCGAUCCCGCGCUCGAUAUCACACGCGUGCUAACGGAUCCAGCCCAAAUUUCUGGUGAAGGCUCGGGAAAUUUCUCAAGACCGCAUCAAAGACCACGAAACACUGCUCGCUCUCCCACCUCCGAAGAAUUUCCUUAUGAAACCGAGUAUGCAGACAACAACGAAUCCCUUUAUGCGCCGGAAGAACAUGAGCACGAAGUGGAAGUCCCGCUAGUGCAACCUCAACCGCAGCCUAAACGGUUUCAGUCGCGGAUAGCUUCUCAAGGCCGUACAACUGCGCAACUUCCCGGUUACAAUAAUACGAAUCCCCUGCCAGAUGUCCUUGAAACGCUUCCGGAUGGUAGUAAAGUCCCCGCGCCGGGACUUCUACAUAAUCUGCCUGAGCGCAAAUCAUCGCACGACGUACCCCGUCAAUUCCAGCGUGGUGGGUCACAGUCUCGCAAUGCACCUAAUCGACAAGGUUCUCAAGCAUCAUCUUUCGAUGACCUCUCACAGAGUCCUUCUCCCUUACCAGGCAGCGGCAACAACCGUACGGAUUCGUUGACGGUAGUGCCCACUUUCGAGGAGAAGAAAGUAGAGAAGAAAGAAAGCUCAAAGAAGAGUGGUUGGAAGUGGAUUCUGGGGAAUGAUGACGACGAGAAAGAGAAGAAGAUUAAGGAGGAGAAAAACGAGGCCAAGUCGAAGGGAGGCAAAGCUCAAAAGGGUUCGUCAGAUAAGGCAAGACUAGAUGUUCUGCAGAAUUCAAUCGAUGGGAACGCUCCGGCGCGCGGACGAGAAAGCCUUGUUCUAAACCGCGAAGAUAUCAAGAUUGAAGAAGAGCGCAAACCAAGCAAAAAAUCCGAAUCCCGCAAGGAAAGCCAGCCUGGUCUCCUGUCUGCUUUGUUCGGCGGCAAGAAGAAGAGCUAUGACGGUGAUCUGAAAGACAAGAAACGCAAAGCCGAUCGCAAUCAUUCCCCCGAUCCAGUGCUCCGAUACCUGAAGCCUGAUAUCGAUUACAAUUGGACAAGGUUCAGCAUACUUGAAGAGCGCGCCAUUUAUCGCCUGGCGCACGUCAAGCUUGCGAAUCCACGAAGAGCAUUACACAGUCAAGUACUACUGUCCAAUUUCAUGUACUCGUACCUUGCCAAGGUGCAAAUGAUGCAUCCUCAGAUCCAAAUUCCAGCUGCACAGCGAGCUGCGCAGCAAAAAAAUCAACCAAAGAGCGAAAGUCAAAAACAACAGACGCAGCAGCAAGAAGCCCAACAAAAGCAGCAGCAGCAAGAAGCGCAGCAAAGGCAACAGCAGCAACAGCAACAGGAACUGCAGAGACGGCAACGACAGCAGCAACCGCCGCCACAACGAACGGACGAAUAUGAUCAGUAUCAGCAAUGGCACGAGCAACGAGCCGAGCACGACGAUGCUUCCGAGCAUAAUGGUCCUGGACGCCGCAGCGCAGAUGCCGGCCAUGACACCAAUCGAUCAAUGAUUUAUGAUGAUCACGAUGACGAGCGACAUUCUGGAGGGUACGACAGGGGUAGCUCCUCCGAAGACUAUAAUCGAUAUCAGCAGUCCUCACAAAAUCCCUCAUAUGGCCAACGAACAACAUCUUCCACAACAAAUGGAAGGAAAACCGGAUCGGACAAUGGCUACAGUGUGGCAAGCACACACGACUAUCUGGGCUACCGACAUGAUGAGAAACCUUUUGGCGAGGGGAGCAUGUGGGAUGACGACGACAAAGGCAAAACCGAAGAGUUGUGGUGAAGGGAGUGACUUGUUCUUAUCUUUCUAAGCCUAGCAAUUUUAAACCUCAGGAUGGACGCAUCGAAGUCUGUCACUGUGUUGAUGUGCUUGCGCCGGCCAUCAAGAGUUUUUGGGGAAAUAUUUUAGAACGCGACCCAAAUGAUGAUACUUUUUGGCGAUCUCUUCUGCUCACGGCACAAUUACUUGCCUUUUCGGCCGCACCUGCAGGCUUCGGUGCCAAAAUAAUUAAGCCAUCUCCAUGAAUGUAAUACGAGAAUAAAGUG